AAGACCGUGAAUAUCCAUCUGCACAUAUUUGUCGUGGCCCAAACGUGAAACUUCUCUACUCUCCUACGUUUGCCAAACAAAAUCCACCCUGUCAAGUUACUUAAUUACCACCACUACUUUGUUAUUUCCAAAUUCCAACAAGGAACCAUUCAUUAUAGUACCAUGUUUCCUCUUUUCUUAGUUGCUAUAUAUAUUCAAUUCUAAAUCAUCAUAAUAUUCAUUCACCUACCCUUGUCAUAACUAAGUUUUCAGGUUGCACUGUGUAUAUAUCCACAGAACAAGUCAUGGGAGAAUCAGAAGGUUCCAGCAUCAACAAAACUGAAUCACCACAGCUACAGUCUCUUCUGGACCCUGUUCCUGAAGAGCUUUCCCCUGUUGUGGAAAAGGAUUCAGAAACUCUAAGCACGAUCAGUAUCAGUCAGGAGCCUAAUCAGCAGGCCAUCUCAACACUUGAUGAUCAGAAGGUUGCAGAUGAUCAUGCUGAUAAUAAGGAAACAGGGGACCAUGAUGAUAAAAAGGAUGCUAAGGACUCAACUGACAGAGAUGCUGGGCUUGCAAAAAUUGUAGCAGAGAAAAGAUUGGCUUUAAUUAAAGCAUGGGAAGAAAGUGAAAAGACAAAGGCAGAAAAUAGGGCAUACAAGAAGCAAUCUUCUGUUGGAUUAUGGGAGGAAAGCAAGAAAUCAUCUAUAGAGGCACAACUCAAGAAAUUUGAGGAAAAUUUGGAAAGAAAGAAAGUUGAGUAUGUUUCAAAAAUGAAAAAUGAACUAGCUGAAAUCCAUCAAUAUGCUGAAGAGAAAAGAGCAAUAGUUGAGGCUCAAAAAAGGGAAGAAUGUCUUGAACUAGAGGAAACAGCUGCAAAGUUUCGUAGUCGUGGAGUUGCACCAAAGAAAUUGUUUGGAUGCUUUAGUGCUUAAGUUUUUUUUAAGCCAAAUAAGAAGAAUUGAAUUCUUGAUGGAUUGGUUUUACAUGAUGUUCAAUUAUGUAUACUUUUAAAAGUGUGGUUUUGUUCUUAUAUGUAUUGUUUGAGUUAACAAAGAAUUCCACAUUUGAUAAUCAAUAACAUUUACUACUUUCCCUUUAA